GGAAGGCGGGGAGGGUGAUAGGCGCGAGACUGAGGAAAUCCGCGCUGGGAGGCCCCGAGCUGGGGACGGUGCUGCUGUGGGCGCCAAGGACCAAGGCUGCGCGCUGAGCCCAAGAUGAGGGCGUCGGUGGUGCUGACCUGCUACUGCUGGUUGCUGGUGCGGGUGAGCAGCAUCCAUCCAGAAUGUCGCUUUCAUCUGGAAAUACAGGAAGAAGAGACAAAAUGUGCAGAGCUGCUAAGCAGCCAAACAGAGAAUCACAGAGCCUGUAGCGGCGUCUGGGACAACAUCACAUGCUGGCGCCCUGCAGACAUUGGGGAAACUGUCACGGUGCCCUGCCCCAAAGUGUUCAGCAAUUUCUACAGCAGACCAGGAAACAUAAGCAAAAACUGCACUAGUGAUGGGUGGUCGGAGACAUUCCCGGACUUCAUAGAUGCAUGUGGCUACAAUGACCCCGAGGAUGAGAGUAAGAUCACGUUUUAUAUUCUGGUGAAGGCCAUUUAUACCUUGGGCUACAGUGUUUCUCUGAUGUCUCUUACAACAGGAAGCAUAAUUAUCUGCCUUUUCAGGAAGCUGCACUGCACAAGGAACUACAUCCACCUGAAUCUGUUCCUCUCCUUCAUGCUGAGAGCCAUCUCUGUGCUGGUCAAGGACAGCGUGCUCUACUCCAGCUCAGGCACACUGCGCUGCCAUGACCAGCCAGCCUCCUGGGUCGGUUGCAAGCUCAGCCUGGUAUUCUUCCAGUAUUGUAUCAUGGCGAACUUCUACUGGCUUCUGGUGGAGGGUCUCUACCUGCACACCCUCCUGGUAGCCGUCCUUCCUCCCAGCAGGUGCUUCCUGGCCUACCUUCUGAUUGGAUGGGGCAUCCCCAGUGUGUGUAUAGGCGCAUGGACAGCAACCCGCCUCUCUUUAGAAAACACAGGUUGCUGGGACACAAACGACCACAGCAUCCCCUGGUGGGUCAUUCGGAUGCCUAUUCUAAUUUCUAUUGUAGUCAACUUUGCCCUCUUUAUCAGUAUUGUAAGGAUCUUACUUCAGAAGCUAACUUCUCCAGAUGUUGGCGGCAAUGACCAGUCACAGUACAAGAGGCUCGCCAAGUCAACACUGCUGCUAAUCCCACUGUUUGGCGUCCACUACAUGGUGUUUGCUGCCUUCCCCAUUGGCAUCUCCUCCACAUACCAGAUCCUGUUUGAGUUAUGUGUUGGUUCCUUCCAGGGCCUGGUGGUAGCAGUUCUAUACUGCUUCCUGAAUAGUGAGGUACAAUGUGAACUGAAAAGAAGGUGGCGAGGCCUCUGUCUGACCCAACCCGGGAGCCGGGACUACCGGCUGCACAGCUGGUCCAUGUCCCAGAAUGGCUCAGAAAGCGCCCUACAGAUCCACCGAGGAUCUCGCACCCAGUCCUUCCUGCAGUCAGAGACCUCGGUCAUUUAGCUGUGUCCCUCACAUGGAGCUGACAAUGCUGCUGGGUUUGACAUAUGUGUUUGCCAGCUUCCUCUGCUGCCCCAGUAUCUGGUGCCUUAUUGGGUCAGCCCUGGUCCUUAACUCUGAUCCUCAUGUGUAACUUGAUUGAAACGCCAAUUAUUAUUGUCAAACUCUAGCCUUUAAGCCAUCCUCUUCAUAAUAUGGCUCAGCCAUAUAGACAGGUCUACUUUCAAACACAACAAAGAUGCCGGGUGGCCCUGAACAUCAAAACUGGACUCUAAGUACCUCCAAAGAGAUCAAGGAGGAAGAUUCCAGUUCUCCUACUGCCUCCUGUCAGGAGGAACCAGGUCCAGAACCAGCUAAGCAUCACCACCCUGUGGCACACAACGCAUGCCCAUGGAUUCUCUGACAUUCCUCCUCAAUCUAUGGCACACCAAGGAAAACAGCUGAGAGCAACCUUCUCAUCCUAGAAGCUUCCUGAUCUCCAGGCCCUUGAGUUCUGUCCUGUGGGACUACAUCUGGACAGCCACACCAUUGCCAUUCCCUGGACCAAAGAUAAGUCAGGGAGGAUGUUCAUAGUUCAGCGGCCAAGCCAGGAACUCAUAUCCUCCUGGGGCACUUAGCAUCUGCUGCUUCCUACAAGUGGUGAGCAGCUCUGGAUCCCAGGCUGGCUGUUGGCUUGAAGGCCCUUGUGACUUAUCCAUUCAGCCAAGGGCUGUUCUCUAGCCAAUAGAAAACUGUUCCAGUGUUAAAGAAAAUCACAAUCUUAACAUUGUUUAAAAAGAGAAUUAUAUUAUCAAAGUAUAAAAUGGCAUCAAGUAUUCCUACAUGAUAUUUGCCAAUAAUGAUCCUUGUUUUUCCGAUGUCAUUUACAACUGUGGGCAAACAGUCCUGAGGAAAUGCUUGCCAUGAUUAAAAAGCAUCUGAAGGCAGAGAGUGUCUUUCCCUGCCGUGCACAGAGACCCUAGAAGACUAUGUUGUGGCCCAGUGCAAGGACUGUAGGUUCUGGACCUAGUGUUCUGGCACAGUCUAUGUAACUUUCCACCAACACACACACAGAGACACACACACAAAGCAUAAGAACUGCAAAAUGUUUUUCCUGUGGUUUCUGUGGCAUGUAGGCUCUGGCCAGUAUGAAUACCAAUGAUCUCAACAACUAUGCCAGAGCUAGAGGUCUCGGGGUCAGGAAAUCACAAAAGUAAGGGCCCCACUCCCAGUACGUGGGUGCUUUAGUUCAGCAGAGAAGUAUCCAGAAACUAGCUGAGGCCCAGUGGCCAGACAUCUGACCUGAAUGUCUGUCACACAGAACUGUCCCUGGACUUUUGCCUCAAUCAACUCUUGGAAAGCCUCCAGUUUGUCUGCAACUGCAUGACACAUACACCUCAGAUGAUCUAGAAAACACCACUAACCUACUGCCUUCCAGGACUACAAGGCUAGAGAACAGGUUGUAGGGAGCAAAUGGCCUAGGUCAGGAACACUUAAAAGAGCUGUUGGCAGUGACGAUAGGUGGAUGCUACAAGCCCUGGUGUCAGCCUCGCCUCUCUUCAUACAGAGCUCACUGCUUAAUCCAGCAGUUCUGAGGAUACACAGUAUUCCUGUAUCUGACAGUCCUACCAACAACUGGUUAUGACUCUGCCAUGACCCAAAGAGACAUGUAAAACCUGUGAACACAAGCAGUCACUGAUUACACACGGAACAUUCAGAUGUACAGGGCCAUACCUUCAGCCCAGCAUGUGCUAGUGCUAAACAGAACUGGGUCCUCUCCCUGGUAAAGAGACGGGCUGAUCACCAAGUGGCCACUCUGGAACUCACCAGAAGCAGAUGUGUAGUAACCAUAUGGCCAGCAUGUGAUCUUACAUGUUAUAUGUGGAAUAUCUACAAACACGCCACAGAGUGAAACUGAGCUGUGUAUAUACUGCAAUAAACCUGAUUUCAUUCUG